UCAACGAACAACAAAAGUAAAACAACUUGAAGAAAAACGCUGCUUUUUCAGUCAUUUGAAAACAAAGUUUUCCUUCGAAUUACUAUCAUGAGGCGGGCAACUCUAGGUGCUUUGAAUAAUGGCAAUCAGCCUCGACAGGCUCGUGAGAAAAAGAUGUCUUUUGGCGCUGCUUCUGCUCGACCUUCGAUCGGAGGAAGACCUUCUACUGGAAGGCCGUCAAUGAGCUCAAAAAGGAGUUCAAGUCAGUAUGGACGACGGGAGUCCUAUGCACACAAUCAAGUUAUGAAAGAUCCAAGGAAUUUGUCAGAUAAAGGUGUUUAUCGUAAGAACAUAAAAUACUUGAUGGAGUUUUUGACAGAGUCCAACUACCCUAAUCCUAUAUCAGAGAGGAUUCUGAGUGCACCUCCUAUGAAGGAAUUCAAAAGGAUAUUCAUGUUUAUUUACAAGUACAUUAAUCCAAAUGUGAAGGAUAAUUCUGCUAUUGAUAAGAAACCAGAAGAGGAAAUCCCAAGGAUUUUCAAGAUGAUUGGAUAUCCUUUUACUAUUUCCAAGAGUUCUAUGUUUUCUGUUGGUAGCCCUCACACUUGGCCAAAUCUGCUCGGAGCCUUGUGCUGGCUAAUUGAACUGACCAGGUUUUCACUCAACAUUGCUGAGGACAUUGAAGGAAAGGUCAUGUUUCCUGAUGAUACGUGUGGUACUGGUGCUGAGGGACAAGAUGGCUUCGGAUAUGUUGAUAGGCUUUACUUUGAGUAUCUAGAAGAGGCAUAUGCUGCAUUCAUGAGAGGAAAAGAGUUGGAUGAACUACAAGAUUAUGAAAAUAAAUUCCUUGAAACAAUUAGAAUGAAAAAUGCUACAGCUUAUCAAGAAAUUGAACAGCUUGAAGAGGAGACAGCGGAACUUGAAAAGGAACUGGCAGUACUAGAGGGACCGUCAAAACUUGAGUCGCUUGUGCAACAACAAAAGAGCCUUGAAGCAGACAAGGAAAUGUUCAAGAAGUAUAUUUCUGAUUUGAAAAGACAUUCCAAGAAAAUGGAAGAGAGUAAUGCACAGCUGGACGAGGAAAUACAUGCCAUAAGGAUGGAGCUUGAAGCAGUGACUAAAGAAAAUGCCCAACUCCAGAAUGUUCUAAAUAAUCAAGAGAUGAGCCCUGCAGAUGUUCUGAGAAUCAAGAAAGAGAAACAAGAACUAAUGAAACAGUUACAGCAAUUGGAGAAACACAGAGACCAGCUGGACCAGCAAAUAUGGGAUCAGGAGAUGCAGUAUGCUAAAAUACAUGAAGAGACCGAGAAAAACAUCCGAGAAUACAAUGAAACAGCGCGAAAGUUGAAAUUGAUACCGACAACUGCAGAGAAUGCACAUGGAUUUGAUUUUGAAUUGCAUUUCGACCCACAACAGACUUAUUCCAGCAUACAGUCCUACUUCAAAGAUAAAUUAAAGCCAGCAUUAAUUGAACUUCAAGCACAGCUUAGUGACAGAACUCGUCAACUGCAAACCCAGAUCAUGACAGAAGACGAAGCACUAGAUCAGGUGUCAGAUAUGAUCAAUGAACGACAGGAAGAGUUGGAUGCAUUAGAAGCUAGGCAAGCUGCAUUUGAUAAAGAAUUCGAGAGGAAAAAAGAGGUUAUGGCUAAUGAUUAUCAACAGCUUGCUCAAGAGGUUGACGAACGAGAGAAAAAAUUGCUUGAGAUGAAGCAAAUCAGUCAGGAAACUUUGGAGAAAAAGAAUACAGAGCUUAGAAACCUUGAGGAAAAGGCUAAGAAAAGGAUCUCUGAUUUAAACACAGAGGUUGAAAAGUACAAAGAUUUCCUUUUGAAGGCAUGUCACUUGGUCAUGGAACACAAAACAAAGAUGAAUAAUUGUGUUGCUGAAAUAGAAGAAAAAGCAAGGGCAGCAUUAGAAGAAACAAGAAACCUGGAAAUCCCAAAGAUAACCAUUGAAUUACCAGAAAAAGAGGAAAAGUAAAAAUGGACCAAAGAUUGUCCUGUGACGGACACCACAGCAACUCAAACUUUUUAAAGUUGUAGUUUGUUAGAGUUAGUUUGAAGUUAAAAACAUUAUAAUGUGAAAAUAUACUGAUGUAUAUAUUAUGUACUUAAUACCAUGAUCAUUUUUAUUGUAUACUUUCCAGGUAUAUGCAAUACUGCCGAGAAGCCAGUUUGCAACCUUGAUGUCUAUUUUUAGUAAUUCAUAGUAUCCUAAAAAUACCAUUUUUGUAUAAUAAAAAAUUACUUCUGAGUACAUGUUGAAAUUCUUCAUUCCAAUUUACUCAACCCAUGGAGGAAAAAUAUGGUUAUAGGUCAGAAAUAAAAAAAACUUCAAUCAUU